UGAAAGUUGGGCGGCGGGGGAACAACACCCAGCACCACCCACAAACACGACCGCCCCUUCUGCCCACCACCCACCUCCCACAGUCAUCGUCAUCAUCAUGGCCAUGGCCACCAGCGGCGCAGCAGCAGCACAAGGCGGCAUCCGCAGCAGCAGCAGCAGCAUCAGGCUCAGGGGCAUGCUGUUGGUUGCUGUUGUGCUGGCGCUUGGUGCAGUGAACACGGCGCCAGCGGUGGCAGCGGGACAACCGCGUUCGCUGGCGUUGACGCGGGGGUCGAUGAUGUACCUUGAUGCAGACACGGGAUCGCUCUUUGUUGGCGACAGGGACGCGCUCAUGCGCGUGAACGGCACGACGCUGGGCGUGGUGACUGCUCGCAACAUCACCGACCCAGACAACUGCAUUCCCUACGAUGCCGUCGCGUUUUCCAUGUACGACGGCGCAGGGUACGACGACCCGGAGUUUUGCACCGCAUCGUCGUCCGGGCAGACUUGCCUGCAGGAGUGCGACGGCUCCAGCGACCCGUGCAGGCUGCGGUUCUUUUCAUCCACCUGCAACGGCAACCAGUACUUUGUGAUGCAGAGGCAUGAGGUGACGGGCGACCUCCUUGUGUGCAGUGCCCUCACGCAGUGCCAGACCAUCGACGCUGCGUCCCUGGCCUCCCUCAACCGCGGUGACACGGCCGUGGAUGAGGCGCCCCAGGGCUGGUUCUGCAACUUUCCAGAGCAAAAGUUCAUUGCCCAGCUUCAGCCAAGCACUGUCAAGACCAACACCCAACAAUACUGCCCCGUCUGGCGCUAUGGUCCCAUCGACAUUGACACGUUUCAGUACCCGCAACGUGUUGCCGCGAAGUUUGUGCCGGAUUUGGGAGACGUGAACGAGACCCCCGUGCUGUUCCUGGGCACGUUGGCUGAGGAAGCGCGUGACCACGCCUUCCAGUCGACCUCUUUCCCUGCAAGCAACAUUCUGGCGCAAGUCACUAAACGCGACACCACCACAUACACGCGCGUGUGUGCGAGCAGCCCGUGCAGCAGCAACGACGACUAUGCGGUUGUGCCCGAUGCAAGCAUCAGCGAGACAGUUGCAGAGACGCAGCGCGUGCGACACGAGUUUCUUGCCAUUGAGUAUGACGACGACUUUGUGUAUGUGGUCAUGAACUGGGAGGCGGAAGGGCCAGACCCGCAGCGCCCAAUCGCAGCUCGUUUCUGUCGAAGCCCUGGCACGCGCGCCGAUAACGGUGUUAUUCGGACAGAAAUCACGUGUGGCAGCGAAGUCCUCAACAUCAUGCACAGGGAGCAGGUUGGCGAGCGGCUGUGGCCGUCGUGGGGCGAGGACGAGGCGCUGAUUGCCGUCUCCGACAGCAACCUGUGUCUGUUUUCUCUCAGCGGCACCCCACAGUACGCGUCGCUCAGCCUCCGCGUCAGCAUGGAUGCGUUCAUGACUGGCACGUACGGCACGGCGUCGUGCAAUGACGACCUUGUGGCAAGCUCCGCUGUUGUGGGCUCCAUUGGUGGCAGCAGCACGUUUGCGCCCAUUACUGGCGCUGGCGCGCUCACUGCGCUUGCCGUUGACGUUGUGCACGGCCACACCGUUGCCUUCGUCGGCACGGACGCGGGCGCUGUCCUUCGCGUCCAUUUGCAACAGGUCCUUUCCCCGGCCGCGGCUACAACGUACGGUGUCGUGAACACCACGAAUGUUGUGGUGACCAGCAGCCAGGAGGCGGUGGUGCAGCUGCAGAUGUGGAGCAACGCGUCAACACUCUUUGUGCUGUCGGAAAGCAGCGUUGUAUCGCUCCCUGCGCACACAUGCGGGCAGUACACCACGUGCGGAGCAUGUGUCACUUCCAUGGAUCCGUAUUGUGGGUGGUGUCCGCUGUCAAACACAUGCACGGAGCGCUCUGCGUGUGCACUGCCCGAGUCUCUGGACAGGGCUGCCAACACCACAGACACGUCGUCGUCAUAUUGGCUGCAUGGGUUUGAUGGCGCGACGCAAGCAAGCUGUCCUGCUCUCACUACCGUCCUGCCGACGGAGGUGCCUGUCAACACCAACACCACUGUCACCUUUACCGUCAGCAGCCUCCCUCCGUUGCUCCCAGGCGAGCGCUGGUAUUGCGACGUUGCGUCGUAUGGUUCGUUCGCAGCUGAAGUGAGUGGCCCGCUCGUCACAUGCAACGCCACUAUUAAGUCACUUGCCGCUGGUGUUACGGGAUACGUCCACGCCACCACCAUCUCCCUCGCACACGGGCCCAGCGGCAUAACUGCUGAUGCUGAUGCUGAUGCUGCUGUUACGCCGCUUCGCUUCGAUAAUCGUGUGAACGUCAGCUUCCCGCUUGAAGUCUACGACUGCGGUGUCCGCACACCACAAGGCUGCUCAGGCUGCCCGGCGCGGUGUGGAUGGUGCGCGUAUGAUAACACGUGCACGAGCGGGCCAUCUUUCUGCCGUGACAACGACGCGUCUGCGUGGCUCAAUACAACAGCAGCGGCUGCAGAGUGCCCGCAGGUCAACACCACUUCCCCUGGCGCCGUGCACGCUCGCCUCAGCAAUGAGACACUUCACUGGUCCGGCAAAAACUUUGUGCAGCCGGUGCAGGGCGCGGACACAUACACGUGCGUGUUUACGGAUAGCGCUGGGCUCAGUGCGACCGAAACCACGGGCGCGUUUGUGAACGCGACUUGUGUGUCGUGUCCUGUUCCCAACGAAAGCGGACAGGGCCUGACAGGGGGCACACGCACGCGCACGGCAACGCUUCGCUUCCGGGGCUGGCCUGUUGGUGAUGCACCGACAGCCAGCAUCGCCUUCUACGACUGUAACGUGCUCGGUGGCGGCAACACGGACCAGGACUGUGGCCGCUGCCUCUCCGUGAGCAACCCCCUGUUCGCCUGCGGUUGGUGCCAGCGUGCGUCUGUGCUCCAGGCGCAGUGCACGUAUGUGAGCGAGUGCGCUGUCUCCGAUGCGACGUUUCUGCCUGCACAGGGCGGCGAUGUGAGCGCGUGCCCGCAGCCGGCUGUGCUCUCUGUCGCCCCAUCUGUGCUGCCGACCACGGGCGGCACGGUUGUCACCAUCGUUGGCCGCAAUCUCGGCCGUGCCCUCGCCGAUAUUGCCAGCGUGUCCAUUGCCGGCACAGCGUGCACGCUCACAGACUUUGACGUUGCCUCUGGCACGCUCAUGUGCCGCACGCCAUCGUUUGCAACGCCAGCAGCCAACGUGGCUGUGAACGUGCUGCUUGGCGGCGGGCAGAUGGCCUCCAGCACAGCCACCAUUUCCGUGGUUGAGCCGCGUGUGAGUGGCAUCGACCCCGCUGUUGGCAUCCGUGCCGGUGGCGCUGUCGUCACGCUCACGGGCGCUGGCCUCGAUGCGGGCCAGCGAGUGAACGUCACACUUGCGGAGACGGCGUGCGAGCUGUUUGAACGCACGGCAACGCAGAUGAGAUGCGAACUGCAGCCAACACCCGACACCACGCUUCGCCGCCGCCGCCGCCGCGGCAGCGACCUUCGUGCUGGUGGUGUCGUCGUGGGUGGUCGGUUUGCACGCGCGCUGCCGACGAGCGUGUGUGUUCAGAUGGAUGGGCAGCUGGAGAGCAGCACAUGCUCGCGCGUGUCGGCCGGGAUUGAGUUUGAGGUUCGCGACGACCCCACCAUCGCCAUGACGUGGCCUGCAACCGCCCCAGCCAACGCAUCCUUCAACUUUGUCGUUCUCGGCACCAACCUGGAUGCUGCACAGACGCUCACGCUUCGCCUGUACUCGACGGCUGUGCCAGCGCAGGACCUGGCGACGGUGUCGUGCACAGCCAUCAACACAACAGCAGCUGCGUGCCCAAUCAGCACCAUCCCACACGUGGUUGCAGCUGUUCCGUCGCUUGGGACAGCUGGUCUGCCCACGAGCUACGACCUGUUCGCUGAUGCCGCCAACUACACGGGGAAUGCGGUUGUGUUUGCACUCAAUCCCGUCGUCUCUGCACUGCAGCCUGAAACCGCUGGCCCAGGCGACAUCAUGGUGCUCUCCGGAGAGCGUCUGACCGCAUAUGGGUCGUUUGCUGUUUACGUUGCUGGCGUGCCUGCCGUGAUCCAGCUGGAGUCUGACACGCAGGUGACGGUGCGCGUGCCUGAUGUCGAUGUGGCGCCAAACGUGCCGCUUGACGUGACAUAUGCGCUGUUGGACUACGCGUACAACACGACGCUCUCUGGCUCGUUCCAGCUGCAGGCGCAGGCGAGCGGGACAGACGUUGCGCCCAUUGCGGGCAGCAUUGUGGGGGCGUUUUGCGUUGCACUGGUGGUGCUGGCGCUUGUGUACCGCCGCAACAUUCGCACGCGGCGCACAAAGGAGAAGGCCCUCCUGCGGCAGAUGCAGGACUUGGAGACGCAGGUCAUUGAUGUUGCACGCCAAGGGUUCACAGAGCUUCAGGAGGGCGGGCAGUUGGCCCUCACCCUCAGCGAGGCGCACCCUCGUCCUUUUGGCGAGUAUGCGCGUCGCGUGUACUUUACAGCACUGGACACACACCCGCUGCCGGUCCGCCCAAGGUUCCCUGGCACCAACGACUGCAUUGAGCAGUUUACGUUCUUCCUGCAGCAAGACGACUUCCUUCGCGCGUUUGUGGGCGUGAUGGAGGGGGAGGGGCGUGCGUUCAGCGUGCGCGACCGCUGUCAGGUUGCGUCCCUGCUCAUGUGCUCGGCAAACGGCGACGAGGCCAUGGGGACGCACACGCUGUCGACACUGCUGGACCAGUACUUUACCGCCAACUCGCGCCGUGACCCGCGCCUCAUGCUGCGGCGCACAGAGUCUGUUGCAGAGAAGCUGCUUACUGCGUGGCUGACGACGGGCAUGCACGACGCCGUGUUACGUGACGCCGCCAGGCCCCUGUACAACCUGACGCAAGCGCUGAAGAUUUACGCGUGGAAGGGCCCCGUGGACGCGGUGACGGGCGCAGCAACCUACACGCUCAAUGCAGAUGCGCUGCUUCGCGAGCGCGUGGAGUACGAGCCGCUCACGCUGCAUGUGGACAUGAACCGGCAGGUGUACGAGGUGCACGUGAACUCAUGCGACACCAUUGGGCAGAUCUUGGAGAAGCUGAAGCUGGUGGUGACGACGGCUGGCGCGGACGUGAGCGACUUUGACACGCGCGUGCUGGUGCUGCAGCGGGAAGAAGGGCUGCGCGUGCUGAAAGACAUUGACGACAGCAGCAAGAUGAGCGCCGGGUGGGUGCAACUGAACACGGCCUCGUUCUACGGCAUGCGGGACGGCGACCAGCUGGCGUUUGUCAAGUCCGACACAGAUGGCGGUGACGCGAGAAGGCGUCGCAACAACAACAGCAGCAGCAGCGGUGGUGGUGGCGGUGGUGGCGGGGGAGGCAGCCUGUUCAAGGUGCGCACCAAGUCCAAGUCACGCAUCGACCCCAUGGCAUGCGAGCCCUGGCAUUUGGUGAAGCCGGACACAGAUGGCACUGCAGCAGCUGCUGCGGCCGCCGCAACGCGCGUGCCGUCUGAGAUCUUCCUGACAUAUCUCAUGACGGUCAAGACGGCGCUGCAGCCGUUUGUGGACGACUUGGUUGACGCGGUGUUCAACAUUGACCAGCCGAGCCCCGCUGUGCGCUUCCUGUUUCACUUUCUUGAUGACCAGGCGCGCAAGCACAACAUCUCGGACCCGCGCACAACGCACAUCUGGAAGUCAAACGCGUUUCCCCUCCGCUUCUGGAUCAACUUGAUCAAAAACCCGGACUUUCUGCUCCACGUGCAGCAAACGCGCACAGUCAGCAGCGGCCUCUCCACCGUGGCGCAGGUGAUUAUGGAUUCGUGCUCUGUAUCGGAUCAACAGCUUGGAAAGCACUCCCCUGCAAACAAGCACCUGUACCGCAAGGAGGUGGCAGAGUACAAGCAGAAGAUUGCCAACUUCUACACGGCGAUAUCACGGCUGCCGCCGCCCACAGACGCGGAGCUGCAGGCUUCGUUUGCGUCGGCGCAGUCUGGCGAGCAAGCGUGCGACCGCCCCGAUGCCGUGUGUGGACUGAUGGAAUACGCGCUUCGCUUCCGAGAACAGCUGCUGGAGGAGCUGGUUGCUGUUGGCCACAAGCCCAUGGCCGACGAUGUUGCCCGCGUGCUGGGGAUGUUCGCGCACCGCGGGUCCAUUGUCGCUUCAGAGGAGGACGAGACCUCGUCCUAUCUGAACAUUGUCGCUGGCGAUGACAGCGGGCCAAACAGGAACAGCGCGUGCAUUGACGAGGAGAUGUUUAGCUUGGGCGUGUUGAUGGAGGAUGACGAGGAAGAGAGUGAGGUGGUGCGCGACGGAGAUGGCAACGGUCUUGCAGACUCUUCUGACACGGCGCCAAUGGUGUCAAACUUCUUCUGAGAGAGUGUGUGCGUGUGCAUGUGCGUGUUGUUGUGUGUAUUGCCGUGUGUGUGUAUGACAGGUAGCUUUGCGUUGCGUGGUCACAUGUGCCCGCUUUCAGCUGCUUCCGAGACGUGUACAUACGAUGUUCAUUGCUUUUGUACGAAGCAAAGUGGCAGACAGGCGCCAUGUACGGGUGAUGUGUGAAGCUUGGAUUUGUAACAAGUACAAAGCUACUGUGA